GCGAAAAGUCUUACGAGGCAAUUCUUCUGGGGCCGAGCAUUUGCAAAUGUACGUGUUUCUUAUAUCCUCAAGUCAUUUUAAUGUUGUAUAAAAGGUUAUGAUUAUUGAAAUGUUACGUCUUAUACACGUUGAAUGUUGCUAUUUGAGUUUGCAGUUUUAUAUGGCAAUGCAUUCUAAAUUUUUGGGGAGAAAAUAGUUCACAGGCAGGCAGCAUUUUCGCAUAGUUGAGUGGUUAACGUUGAAACUGCUAAUUGAUGGGAUCACAUUAUUUAAGAAGUGUGAAAAGAAGUUUAGUGUACGCACGUUACGCAAAUAAAUCACUCUACAAAUUUGUGGCGAAUGUCGAAUUAGAGGUAGUGUUGCAGCUUUUUUUUAAUUUGAUACGCAGACGUUUCAUGUCAAUUAUUGCAAUUCAUUGUUGAGGUUAUUUAAUUUGCUUUCAAUAAUCCAUUAAAAAUAUGUAGAAUGUGCAUUGUUAUAAUUCGACAAUAAUGAAGAAACAGUACAGUUGCUCAAUCAGAAGGCAAACAAUUGGUUAUAUCUGAGGCAAAUUGUAAUUCUUUUGUUCCAUUUGUGAGUGAAUUUUUUAGUGAACUAAAAAUGUCAACCAAGAAAUUUAAUGGAAAGUUCGAUGAGCAACUGAACAUUGGUCGAGAACUUAGUACAGGAACCAAGCUUUUGUCAGCAAGGGUGCAGGCUCCUGCUCCGGAUUUCCGGGGAACUGCUGUGGUAGACCAGAGUUUUAAAGACAUUAAACUUGCUGACUUCAAGGGAAAAUAUCUUGUGUUAUUCUUCUACCCUCUUGAUUUUACAUUUGUAUGCCCUACCGAAAUUAUUGCAUUUCAUGACAGACUUCAGGAAUUUAAGGAAUUAAAUACAGAAGUUGUGGGCGUAUCAACAGAUUCUCAUUUUAGUCACUUGGCUUGGAUUAAUACUCCACGGAAGGUUGGUGGUCUAGGGGAGCUCAACUAUCCUUUACUCUCAGAUUUCCACAAAACCAUCUCGAGGGAUUAUGGAGUUCUCGUUGAAGAAGAAGGUGUGGCUCUGAGAGGAUUGUUCAUUAUAGAUCCUAAAGGAAUUCUUAGACAGAUGACCGUGAAUGAUUUACCCGUUGGCCGCAGUGUGGACGAAACAUUAAGGCUUAUAAAAGCUUUCCAAUUUGUUGAAAAACAUGGAGAAGUGUGCCCAGCCAAUUGGAAACCAGACACACCUACAAUUCAACCUGACCCUGUUGGUUCUUUAAAAUAUUUUGAAAGUGUGAAUAAAUGAACUUAUUGUAUGAAAAUGAAUUUAUUGUAUUAGACCAUAAUGAGCAGUUGAUGACAUUUUGCAUUGUGAAGAAAUGCAACAAUGAAAUAUUUCUGAUUAUUCUCUUCUGUAUAGUCAAAUUUUCUGCUGUGGCAUGUUGCAGAAUAUCUUUCUGUUAUUAUGCAACAUCAUAAAUGAUAAAAAUAAAGAUUUUGUUAAAAUAUAUUUUUUAUGAUUGUUAAAACUGUUUUUAGUGCAUAUUUUUGUUUGAGGAGUUAGGAAUUUAAAACGUAGGUUCUCUAAGAUAAAUGGUAAAAAAUAAUUUUCUGUUUAUACAGAUGAGGAAUGUGUUAUUGUUUUGUAAUUUGAUAUAAUGUUAAUGGUGUUACGGAGGAAAUAAAUUGCUUUGAAAUGAGCCAAGGUCUUUUAGCAUUAUUUGGUUUGAA